ACGACCAUACUGAAGGCGGUUUGCGUAAUACUGCCGAUUUGUCGGUAUCAUUCAUUUAUUUACAAUGAGUUCGUGGGUGCAGUAUAUCCAAUCAAUUUCGACAUAUAUUGACUAUGAUGGUCAAGGUCGGGCAGAAAAGUUAUCAAGAGUAAUCAUAACACUUUUUGGGAUAGUUGGAUUAAUAUGGGGAUAUGUUAUACAAGAAUUUUCACAAACAAUGUAUAUUCUUGGUGCAGGAUUUGUAAUGGCUGCAUUAAUCACACUUCCUCCAUGGCCUAUGUAUCGUCGUAAGCCUUUAGAUUGGCAGAAGCCACAGUCUGGAGGUAACACCAAAUUAAAGAAGAAGAAAUAGUUUAUUACUAUUAUAAUUAUACUGUUAUAUUAUUGUAAUUACUACUGUACAAUAUUAAGUGGCAGUGUUUGAUAAGGUUUUACAGCGCACAAGUACAUUGUGUGCUGUCUCAUAAAUGAGGACUUAUGACUGCGAGAAAUGAGAAUAGAGAAUAAAUUGAUAUUUUUUACUUCGCCAGCAUUGUAGAUUCUAAAUAGAUUUCAAUAUAUAUAAUUUCAUUUAUAUAUAUUAUUCAAGAAUUGUACACGUACCAUCAGAUUGCAUUUAUACUUGUAUUUAUAUAUGAAAAUAUGAAUAAAAAUCACUGUUUGAUAAA